AUGUUUAGGAAAACCGUAUCCCUGUUCCAAAGGAAUCGUAAUAAAGUACUGCUACUUAGUCUGCUACCGCUACACUCCGAUCCCGAUGAUGAAGUCUCGAAAGAAACAAAAACCUACAAAUCAUUUGUACAGAGACCGCCGACAAAUGAAACCGGUUGGGAUCGUGUUAAGGAAGUGUUUAAAGUGGAUGAAUUUGGUUCAAUAUCACCCGAAUUGAAUUCCAUUUAUCAGGCUGGUUUCUUGGGUUUUUUGGUUGGUGGCAUCUAUGGCGGUAUUAUACAAUCAAGAACGGCAUACAUGGACUUUAUGGAAAAUAAUCAAGCUACAGCAUUUCAGUCACAUUUGGAUGCUAAGAGAAAACUGCAGGACAAGUUUACUAUGAGUUUUGCCAGAGGCGGUCUUAGAUGGGGCUGGCGUGUGGCGCUGUUCACCACUUCCUAUUAUGGCAUGGUCACCUUAGUUUCAGUGUACCGAGAAAAAUCUUCAAUUUAUGAAUACUUGGCUGCUGGAACACUCUCCGGAGCCAUUUACAAAAUGAACAUGGGCUUAAGGGGUAUGGCAGCUGGCGGUAUUAUUGGUGGUGUAUUGGGAGGUUUGGCAGGUGGAGCAUCUCUCUUAAUUAUGUCUUUGUCUGGUACUACAAUGCAAGAGGUUCGCUACUGGCAAUACAAAUGGAGAACCGAUCGAGAUCAGGCUAUUGCUGAAACCUAUAAGUUGGCUGCUGAAGAAGAUUCUCCGACACCAGAAAUAAUGAAAGCCCACGAUGCUAAAGUCGGAGAAAAAAUCACAUUGGAACAUAUUAAGUUGGAACCUGAACAAAAUGAAACAAAGACAGAAACAAAACCUGAGACAAAGUCUGAAACAAAACCAGAACAAAAUGCAACAACACCUAUUCACACAAAAUUGGCGGAACAGAUCACAUCAAAAAAGUAG